ACGGUGUUAGAAUUCGUAGAGUGAACAUAACGGUCAUUACAAUUGAAAACAAAAAAUGUCCAACUGGAUACCAACAGUAAAACUUUCGGAAAAUCCAGCAAACAACUUUAGUGGGGAAAAUGAGCGUGACAUUGGUCCACUGCUUCAAGAUAUCACCGUGAAAUUUCGUAUACCGAAGUCCCAAACAGUAACCUAUGCUUAUCCGUACAAUUGCACCAUUCAAGAAGUAAAAAUUGAUAUAUCCGAAAAGUUUCAAAUUCUUCCGAAGUUUCUUAUACUGAAGCAAACCAAUAGCUCAUCUCCGCUGGAGGAUGAAUAUCUUUUGCUAAAUAUUUGUGAUAAUAACUACGGCAUCAUUGAUAUAGAUGUGGAAUUGUCUGAGAAUGCACUGCAAAAUAAUGUGCGUUUGGAGCCUCAAACCAAUUACAACAACUUUACGCUGCCGGAUAUCAUAACAGUAACUAUACCCGGUUUAGCCGAGGGAACGUCUAGUCGUGAUCUGGUAGUUGAAAUUGAGAAUCAAGCUAUCAUAAAGCCAUUUCUUGGUGGUUUCGUAGAUAAAAUAAAAAAAAUUGAAUAUCAUGAUGCAUUUACCCAAACUGGACCUCCGCUAGAAAGAAUUAAAUAUCAUGGAAUUAGAAGUCGUGAUACUCAAACGGUCGAGGAAAAGGCCGUAGAAAUCGAUACACUUCGCAGUCGUGCUACUGUUAACUAUGGAGACGCAACAGAGCAUUCGUACUCUUCGAAAUAUACUGACAAAGUAAUAGAACCCAAAAGUUACGAGAGCUACGAGGAAAUGACAAAGCGUAUAGAUUUGAUUGGGAAAGUCACAUUAAUUCAACGAAACUUCCGCCGAUAUAUGUGGCAGAAAUUGAUAAAGAACAGUGCAGCAGAAUGGAGGCGUCUUAAGAAGGAGCAAAAAAGACGGGAAACAAAACGCAUAAAGUCACGUCAGAAAGAAUAUCGCAAGGAAUGUAUUGUGAAGACAUUUCCCAAAACAAAACAAGAUUUUGACGCUCUAUACGCUCAAGUUCAACUAUGGAAAGAAAACGAAAGGAAAGAAAUUUGUGAAAAGUAUUCUGGGGCUCCAAAGAUCGCUGAACUCAACAUGUUAUUGGAUAAAGAAGUUCAACUGUUGAAUGGUAUCGAACGUCAGAGACAGAUAUUACAGCAGCAGACGAAGAAAAUUCGUGAUGAGCAAAUCCUGAAAAAGAACAGUAUCCCUAUCAAAUGGGUUGGAUACAACAAUUUAAUUAUUCACAUGGACACAAUGCGCAAUCAGCGAGCGCGCUUUUUAGCCGACCAUUAUCGCAGUCUUGCCGAAGAAACGCCUACGAUCCACGAACGUAUCACAGUGCUUAACCGCCUAUCUCAGGUGGUAACCAAAGAAAACCAUCCCGCCACCGACGAGUUGAAAACCUUAUUCCAACGCGAGAAACAAAUGUUGGUAAGCAAUGUUGACGGAUCAAGAAUGGAUUUACUUCGAAAACGACAGCUAAAUCUCUUAAUGGGCAUUAUAACUCAUGAUGAUAAUGAUAUAGAUAAGAAAAACAAUACACGACUUUGUAAAAAAUGCAAAAAAGUUCGGCCUAUAGCGAAAUUUCCUCUGGACACACGACAGUCUUCGGCCAGUAUUUGCGAGAAGUGUAGUGACCUCCACGGACCAGCCAUUGAUACAGCCAUUUAUCGGUCCAUUUUACGUUCAAUUCGACGAGACGAGAAAAAACGAGGCGCUUUGUCAUCAUACGCCUUUAUUAUACAGGACAACGACAUAAAACACAUAGUGGAAAAUAUUUGGCAUGGUCAUUCUGCAAUAUCCAAUGAAACAAAUAGACCUGAACUACGAUUGCCCCGGUGGAAUAUUGCCAAGGAUUGGUCGCCGUGGAACUGUAUAUGCUUAACAGAAAAUGAAGCUAGAGCGCAUUUAAAAAUAGUUCAUCUCAAUCACUACUAUGAGGAACACAUCAUUAAAGACAUCAAAAAUAAACAUGCGCUAUCCAAGUCUGCGUUCAAACAGUUACGCGAAAUUGAUCACGUGUUUGUUGAAUCUGGAACAUGGUGGCAGGUCGGUUUGGAUGGGAAAACAACAUAAUCGAUUUUGGCAAAAACGGAUAU